AUGGACACCAAAACCCCCAAGGCAACCGAAGCCUCCCAGGCUCCUUCUGGUGUCGACCACGAGGAGCAGAUAUUACACCAACACGACCUAGAGAUCCCGGAUGUAACAUGGUACAAAGACCCAGGGUUGAGGAAGCUGUACUUGAUGAUUCCGUUUCUCUUCCUAGGUUCGACCAUCAAUGGAUAUGAUGGGUCAUUGUUGAAUGGCCUCCAGACCUUGAAACCAUGGCAAGAAUAUUUCGACCACCCGACUGGCGCUCGCAUUGGACUGUUCACAGCCAUGCAAAAUGUCGGUGCCAUUGCUGCAAUGCCAUUCUCAGCCUACGUCGCGGACGCUUUCGGCCGUCGAAUGGGCGUGACUAUUGGACUUGUUGUGCUCUUUGUCGGAGUAAUCCUCCAAGUCGUGCCUGGCGUAAACUCGAACAUGUUCAUCGGUGGUCGCUUUUUAGUUGGUCUUGGGUCCAACCUCGCUCAAGGUUCCGCGCCUCUCCUGAUUAUGGAAGUAUCCCACCCACAGCAUAGAGGCAAGCUUACGACCAUGUACAAUACCCUGUGGUACGUUGGGGCUAUCAUCGCAGCCUGGACUGUCUUCGGAAUGGUCGACUACACAUCGGAUGUUUCUUGGAUAUUGCCGACAUCAUUACAAGCCUUGAUGCCACUGGUCCAGCUCAUAGGAGUCUGGUUCCUGCCGGAGAGCCCACGUUGGCUUUGUUCGAAAGGGCGCUUCGACGAUGCCUUUGGGGUCUUGUCAAAGUAUCACGCCAACGGUAACAGAAAUGAUGCAUUUGUUCAAAAGGAGUUUCAUGAGAUUCAGGAAACUAUCAAGCGUGAGACACAGAACUCAAGAGAUACAGAAUGGAUGACUCUUCUACGGACGCCGGGAAACCGUAAGCGAGUCCUUCUGAUCAUUUUGGUCUCCUUCUACUCGCAAGCAUCCGGAAACGGUCUCGUUUCUUUUUACAUCAAGGACAUCCUGGUCUCUGUUGGUAUUACAGAGCCCCAUGAUCAGUCACUCAUCAAUGGUGGUGUCCAGAUAUGGUCUUUCCUGGUUGCUAUCUGCUUCUCCGUCUUUCUCGUUGACCGCUUUGGAAGAAAAAAGCUGUUCAUGAUCGCCGGUGUUGGCAUGCUAAUUGCCUUCAGCGUCUGGACUGGAUGCUCUGCUGUGUACGCCCAGACGAAGAAUCCAGCCGCAGGUAAUGCUGUCAUCGCAAUGAUCUUCCUCUUCUAUGGCGCAGCUGGUUUCGCUUGGCCAGGUCUGACCGUCGCGUAUUGUGCGGAGAUUCUGCCAUACAACAUCCGAGCGAAGGGCGUUGCACUCCAGUUUGCUGCAACAUCUAUUACAUCUGUUGCGAAGAACUACAUCAACCCGAUUGGACUGCGCGAGCUUCAAUGGAAGUUCUAUUUCGUCUACAUCGGAAUUUUGAUUGUCGAGUGUAUUUCCAUCUGGUUCUUGUUUGUUGAGACCAAGGGUCCAACCCUAGAGGAAAUCGCAGUUCUCUUUGACGGUGAAGCGGCAGCCGUUGCAAACAUCGAGGAGAGCGAUAUUGGUAUGGAAAAGGAUGAAGCAUCCAAGGCUGAGCGUAUUGUCUCAAAGUAA